CCUCACUCUGUCAGUCCUGCUAUCUCGGCGGUCCAGCAACAAUCUCUUCCAUUCCUCCACCAGCUGAUCUUCUCCAGCACUACCUCCACUCAUGCCAUCCACCUAUAGUGCUCUAACUCUUCCACUAAACGCGCCACCCUUCACUGCUUCUGCUCGCCCUCUCUGGCCUUGUGCUCUGCUGGUCCCUCGCUGCUUUGUCGAUUAUUGUGAAGGUUUCUAGAAUCCACAGAGACAUGCAAUCGUUCACAGCCCGGCCGUCCCUCACUCUGGUGUACACCUGGGCUGCCCUGCUGACGAUACUCCAGGUGCACUUGUGGAAAAAGCAGGGUCACGUCCCUUCCCCAGCCUUGCCCUCCACUCCCGUCUGCAAUACGUGUUUUCGUCGUCUGUUGCGCAGACCUCUAAUUUGGCGAGAUAAGAUACUUGUGGAUCAUCUGAGGGACCGCCUGGAGACUCGCUCACCUAAACCUUCACCCAGCCAAGCUCUUUCCCCCGAACACCCACCCUGGGCCGGCGUGGUCACCUACAACAACACCGAGAUGUUCCUGCGCCAUGUGUUCGCAAAUAAGCGGGACGGAGUGUUCGUGGAGGUGGGGGCCCAGGACGGUCUGUGGCUGAGUAACACAUGGUGGCUGGAGGCGGUGAUGGGCUGGCGAGGCUUGCUUAUCGAGGCUGACCCGCAUAACUACAUGAAAUUAAGGAACGCACCCAGAGCCGCUGUCACUUUCCAGGGCUGCGUCACUCCCGCGCUCCUCACCAGCCAGGAAGUAAUGUUGCGGAGGAACAACACGGGGACAAUAGACCAUGAUGUAAUGAGGCACCAGGAAGGACACACCAAACUCCAGAAAUACGCCACAGAAUCGGAUCAAUACGUCGGCCACACCUUCAUUGCCACCUGCUACCCGCUCACGUCCCUCCUCCUCGCUGCAAAACUCAGGAAGAUUGAUUUGCUGACUUUCGACGUGGAGGGAGGAGGAUUCGAAAUGAUGCGAGAGUUCCUGGAUAUCAACAGACAACUUCGCAACAAAUUCCAAGUCAAGGCAAUGCUGUACCAGGACAACGAGCUGCCACAGUUCUUCACUCUAGACACCAUCAAGGAGCAGCUCAAGGACUUCGGCUACAGUCUACUCCAAGUCACCAUGUACCAUUACUUCGUGUAUUCCGGCAUGAACAUUGAGAUGGUGGACGGCUGAGGGAUGAGCGUGUUGCUGGUGACUGACAGACGGAGGACCAAUGCGAAUUAAGGCAGUUACUUGUCAUAUAAAGUUACAGGUUAUAAGUACUGUACACCACAAACUCGUGGUCCAAACUCUGGCGAGAGCCUCAGCCUUAUACACAACAUGUCAAAUCAAGUUGUUGUUGUUUAUGACGCAUUGAAUAAGAAAAAAAAGGAGUCUCUUGUCCCUCAUCAUUAAAAUUGAGAGUAUCGA